ACUUCUUACAACAGACUCCUAAAGGUCUGCCUGUAAGUGUUGAACUAAAAGAAGAUUCAUUUUCUCCGCACCAAAUCUUGACUCUUCUCAGCUUAAACAUGCGAGAGUGCAUCUCCGUCCACGUGGGUCAGGCUGGAGUCCAGAUUGGAAAUGCCUGCUGGGAGCUCUACUGCCUGGAGCAUGGGAUCCAGCCAGACGGACAGAUGCCCAGUGACAAAACCAUUGGAGGAGGAGACGACUCCUUCAACACCUUCUUCAGUGAGACUGGGGCUGGAAAGCAUGUCCCCAGGGCUGUGUUUGUGGACCUGGAGCCCACAGUUAUUGAUGAGGUGCGAACUGGUACCUAUCGCCAGUUAUUCCAUCCUGAACAGCUCAUCACUGGCAAAGAGGAUGCUGCCAACAACUAUGCUCGUGGACACUACACUAUUGGCAAAGAGAUCAUCGACCUGGUGCUGGACAGGAUCCGCAAACUGGCUGACCAGUGCACAGGCCUUCAAGGCUUCCUGGUUUUCCACAGCUUUGGAGGUGGGACCGGCUCUGGUUUCACCUCCCUGCUGAUGGAGCGCCUGUCUGUUGACUACGGCAAGAAGUCUAAGCUGGAGUUCUCCAUCUACCCAGCUCCCCAGGUGUCCACAGCUGUGGUGGAGCCCUACAACUCCAUCCUGACCACCCACACCACCCUAGAGCACUCUGACUGUGCCUUCAUGGUGGAUAAUGAGGCUAUCUAUGACAUCUGCCGUAGGAACCUCGACAUUGAGCGUCCUACUUACACCAACCUCAACAGGCUCAUUAGCCAGAUCGUUUCCUCCAUCACUGCUUCCCUUCGAUUUGAUGGUGCCCUCAAUGUUGAUCUGACAGAGUUCCAGACCAACUUGGUGCCCUACCCCCGUAUCCAUUUCCCUCUGGCCACCUAUGCCCCAGUUAUUUCUGCAGAGAAGGCUUACCAUGAGCAGUUAACUGUCUCUGAGAUCACCAAUGCCUGCUUUGAACCAGCCAACCAGAUGGUGAAAUGUGACCCUCGUCACGGCAAGUACAUGUCAUGCUGCCUUCUAUACCGUGGUGACGUGGUACCCAAAGAUGUCAAUGCUGCCAUUGCCACCAUCAAGACUAAACGUUCCAUUCAGUUUGUUGACUGGUGUCCAACUGGUUUCAAGAUUGGCAUCAACUAUCAGCCUCCCACUGUGGUCCCUGGUGGAGACCUGGCCAAAGUCCAGAGGGCUGUGUGCAUGCUGAGCAACACCACUGCUGUGGCAGAGGCCUGGGCUCGGCUUGACCACAAGUUUGACCUGAUGUACGCCAAACGUGCCUUUGUGCACUGGUAUGUGGGUGAGGGUAUGGAGGAGGGAGAGUUUGCUGAGGCCAGAGAGGACAUGGCAGCCCUGGAGAAGGAUUAUGAAGAGGUGGGACGUGACAGCGGUGAAGGAGAUGAGGACGGGGAAGAGUAUUAGAAAUGGCUGUCUUUCUUCCUCUGUCUUUCAAACUCUUUAUCACCCUCUUCUUUCAUUUAUCUUUUCCAUAUAUCCACCUUUAUCUUUUCAUUCUCCCUUUUCAUAGAUCCACAUUUUCUAUUAUUUCCAUCCACUACACUCCUAACCUCAGUCAAAAAGCACUUUACUUUUGACAAGAAAUGUACAUUGUAUGGAAAACUACAUGUUUACUUGUCGUAAUUUUCAGGUUCCCCUUUAGAGGUGUUCAUACCAUUAGUUUAUAAUCCUCUCCCUUAUGUGUAUUCUUAUAUAGGUGGCUUAGACAAAUUCAUUGGUUUCUAGGAACACUGUUAACAGUCACAAAAUUUCAAAUAAUGUUUAUCAGUGGAGGCUGCUGAGGGGAGGACAGCUCAUAAUAAUGGAUGGAAUGGUGCCAACCACAUGGAAACCACGUGCUUGAUACCAUUCCUUUGACUCCAUUCCAGACAUUAUUAUGAGCUUUCCUCCCUCAGCGCUGCUGUCUAUUAUGGAUUCAUAAUCAUCUAGAAAGGAUUUGUUUUAACUACUAACUUAAAGAAUUUAAAGUUUAAAUAAUUUCAGUAUUGAACUUUGUCAUGAGACCUUUUCUUUAAAAGAGUGGUGCUUGUGUUUGUUAGUUUGCUUUGCUACCUAACCACUUUCAUGUCUAGAGGGCAGUGUUGUGCAAUAAAUACAUGUCCAUUUCCUUCUGUGAA